CUGUCCGCUGAACGAACUUUAGUGGGUGCCCAGUUAGGACGGGUUGGAUGGCAUCUCGACGUUGUCAAAGUGAUCGAUCCAGAAGCCUUGAUUCCAUGGACGAAGAUUCUUCUCGUAUGCCCCAUACUGUACUCGGCCGCCUGUAUGAUCCCUCGGGUGGUGAUGCUUACUCUUUAUCUUUGUGUCUUCCCCGAGAAGGGAUAUCGGGUAGCCUGUUACAUCUUAAUGUGGUUGGUUAUCGCCUUAGGAGUGGCUGACAUUCUCACCGGUGCUCUUGAAUGUAUUCCAGUGGAAUGCCUCUGGGACAAGAGCAUUCCAGGACACUGCAUCGAUCUACCUCUAUUUUUUCGAUGGGGAACUCUCACAAAUGUGAUCAUGAAUUUCUUCAUGCUCAUACUUCCCCAGCCAGUUAUCUGGAAACUCCAGGUCAGCGUGCAAGUUAAGAUAGGGUUGGCCGUGACAAUCCUGACCGGAAGCGUAGGCAUGAUUACAUCCAUCAUACGAUGCGUCGCAUUUUUCCAGCAUGAUCCCCUUGAGGACGGCACCUGGGCAUCGGUCACCUUUGUCAACUGGAGUAUUUUUGAACCUGGUGUUUACUUGCUCGCUGCCUGUUUACCAUGUUAUCGGCCACUGAUAAAGGCACUAUGCCGAAGAAGACCGCGCGGAUCUCCAGACUACUCCGCUAAUACGUAUCUCGAUAUCUCUGAAUCGAAAGCCUUGGAAGGUAGUUGGAAAUCCGGCUCUGGGAGGACGAUCGAGGAUAUACACGAGCUGGAAAUGCACAACUAUCCCCAGACUAGAGCUCGUUCUAUGUGA